CUCCAAAAAGCCCAGAAGUAAACUUUACUUUGACCUAAGGUAUCUGUAGCUUUGUGCUUUGGCUGGACCUUCGUUUAUAUUUAGACAGUUUUGUUCAUGUUUUUAAUAUCUUUGUCUCUAAAUAUAUCUGCUUAUCUCGUGUUCAGGAUUCUGUGUGUGGUGUAUCUGAUACCACAAUACAAGCUGUUCUUUUCUGAGAUAUUGCUUCACAAACGGUACAUUUCAUCACUACCUCAAACUGUUGUUGUCAAAAGUAAAUCCUUUUUUUAACGAUUGGCUUCAGCUGAAGGACACACACGGCUCAAAUGUAAUGUUAUCAGUCAUAACAAGAUGUACAAAGACACAAAUGCUGAUGUUCUCAUCUUACAUUUAAGAUAUUUUAUCGAUACUAAGGCAGGAGUGCUGAAUCCAGUUUCACUAAAGGCCGUGUUUGUUAACAUGUUUAAAUACAUGUUGUACCUUUCUCAAUGUAAUUUGGUCCACAUUAAACUUCGUUUAACCAAAAGGAUUAAGAAAAGAAAACCAGGGUAACUGACAGGGAGCUUCCAACAGCUCAAAGGAUGAUCCUGAAUUUGACAGACAUUCAUAGUUUUGCAUCCUGAUGUAAGAGCAAAGUCAGAAAUCUCUGGUUUUGCUCUUACCCAGCCUCUUUCAUAGCCCAGAACAUGCCAGCUCAGUAGUUGGAAAACAGAGCAAGCUAAUAAGAGAUCUCUGGUCACGUAGUUUCCCCGUAACUCACAGCCGAGCCUUCUGCCAAAAAAAACACUGCAACUCUGAGAAUGGAGUCUAGGAAACGCUGUGCUGCAGCUAAACGUCUCACCUCAAUUCAACAAAUGGCCAAAGUCUCAAUUUCCUGCCUGAACAUCUAAAUGUUGACACAAUUGACCCAAAUGUAAACAAAAAAUGUUUCCGGGCUGUGACCACACGGCUCACUAAAGGCCCUCAUUCCACCUCCAUGCAAUCUGUUUGUGACAGUUUGACCAUAAACCUGCACAUGAGCAAGCUGGAGGUUGUUUUGCAGGCCUCUGGGAAUUCUCUUCCUCCGUCUUCUCAUCCCUCUGCUGGGCUGAAGCCCUGCUAAGCUAUUGUCCAACUCUCCUUGUGUUACUGCCCGUCUCUUGGCCUCUCCUGUGCUGAGAGACUCUGCAAGCCUGGUUGUGAUGGCAUGUGUGGAUGUGCCAUACCAGGGGACCUCCGAUCCAUUCAGACUACCUGUGUAACCUGAAUGGAUCGGAGGUACCGUUUCAUGCUAUCAGGAAGUGAAGAGGACAGGGCUGAGGAGAGAGUGAUGGUCUGUGGUCACCAGCUGAACCACUCCCUACAGUAAUUGGGGUUGUCUCGGUGUCUCUCCAGCACCUGUUGUACUUUGUGAAUCCAAAACAAUGGCUCAUGUUCCCUAACCUCUGGAUAUAUCCAUGAAAUUUAAACUGACUUUGUGUUGAUUUUUCUUUUUUCUAGAAAACUAUAGUUUUCUAGAUAAUGCAAUUUAAAAAUGGCCCCUCAUGAAAUGAUACUAGAAAAAUGUAUAAAAAUACCCAUGAGAGAAAGCUUAAAGCGUAGUUCAGAGUGGCUUAGUAUAACACAGAGAGUUAAAAAGAGAUAAAAAUGUUUCUCAGCUGGAUAGACGUUAAAGCCUGCAGCAAAGUUAUGUCUACAAUGCAAACUGUCAAACUGAAACGUCAAGCAGCUGAUCUGCAUACAGACUGCUUUCAUUUUAGCUUCUUUUUAAGACGCUCUUACCGUGUAAGACAAACUGCUGGUGGGUGCAGGCAGCUAAAAACAUUCUUCUCAUUAUAUUUAACUGACCGUGCAUGUGGUUUUGAUGAAGCACCUUUCUGUUAUUUUAAGGUAAAAAUAAUGGGAAAAAACUAUUUAUUAGUGAGGGCCUGUCAGACACAUCCUUCAGUGGAAUCCCCAUCACUGGCCCAGACAGAUCUAACAAGUUUUUAUUGGCCCCGGACCAUCAGACUCUGUUAUGUUGAACCUUUUAAAUGUUUCCUAAUUUAACUUAAAAGCAGCAGUGGCGCGUUCACAUCACAAGAUCACACACGUAGUUAAAGCUGUUUCAGCUCCUCUAAAAGGCGCAAACUCAUAAAAUCCCCCUCACAGAAAUCUGACAAGGCAGCUGCCCUCAAUAUGGAAAUGUCAAUACACCACCAGAGGAUCCAGUGACAACUCUCUGGCCCCUCCCUCCUGCCAACACUCGUGCACUUAGUCACAGUUACACAGAUUUACUACAGGUCGUCUACAGGAUGUGAGUCAUCCUGACCACACAGCGGCGUGCACGUGAAUGCUCAGUGAUCUUGAUGUUCGUGAUUCUGCUACAGUUAAAAAUGACUUCUUCUUUGUUAAAAUCAGCUGUGAUAAGCUUAAGGUAUGGGUUGUGCAUGGUCAGCGUGCAGGUAUGAGUCAUCCUCUAAAAUUAGAUGUUUUGUUGUUGUUGAUAAACUACGACAAAUGUGGUUUUGUGGGCUCACAGAGCAUCUGAUGUGGUGUAGACAGCUACCAACUCGGAAGAAUUUCUACUAGAAAAGAAGCGUGAUGAUUUUAAUGUGCACUGAGCUCCUGCUUCUAUAAACAGCUGCUCUGUAACAAUGCAGCAGCCACACAGUAGCAAAGAUUCCACAGAAAAGUAACAGAGUGAAUAAAAUGUAGUUUGGAAAAAUAACAAACAAUAAAUCUAUUAAAAAAAUCAAUAAAAGAUCUGUACAUCCGGUGUUUACAAUUUGCAAAGUACAGAUGUUAGGUAACUAUAGGUUACUAUCCCUGCAAAUCCACUUUCCACUUUUCACCUAAUUGCCUUUAGAUGUUGAUAUGUUCUUAAUGCUUUUGCAUAGAAAUAUAAAAUAUACACCUGGUGUUCUGCAUUAUAGUUAUUACCAUCAUCUGCCUGCAGACUGGUCAUUUUAUUAGUUGCAGCUGCCUGAUGCAGUCCGGUGCAGAUGCACUGCCAUAGGUGCAGCUUUUCUUUCUAUGCAUUUGGCAGGUUGGAAAAAUACAGGCUGCCACAUAAAAAGUAUCUAGAGACAUUAUAUAAAGCGAAAACAUUUGAAACCAGAUUUAUGUACCGAUAAAAGUUCAGCUGAUGCAGGUGAACAGCAGCAAAAAUAGAUCUACUUUUACUAUUGAAUAUCUAGAUGAAUGCACAAUUACAAUUUGCAAAGUAAAGGCAUUAGGUAAAGGUAAGAAGUGGACCAAACCACUGUGAGGUAGAUGAGGGGGAGUCUGUCUCUCAAAAUUGAAUGAGUUGCUUUCCAUCUGUUAUUUUAGCUGAAAACUUUCUCUGUAGGUAAUGUUAUUUAAUAUUAUAUCAUUAAAUACUUACAGUGAUGCAAAAAGGUGAGCCAGAACUCCUUAAUCCCCCUCCCCCCUUUUUCAUUGGUGUGCCAUUGCCAACCCCAGAGCUGCGCUUUUGCCCCAGCCCUGAUCACUUGGUACCUUGCAGGGAGUGUCAGAAAUAUGUGGAGUAUUUCUCUCUUUUCUUUUAUAAACAUAUUAACAGUCCCAAGCCUGCAGCGUUGGAGCAAGUCUGGCAAUGAUGUCCUUUCUUCAUUUUCUAUGCUCACCAUUCGUCCCGACAGAAUAGUUUUAAACAGAUAUUGGUCUUCUUGCUGCACGCGUCCUUUAAGGUGACCCAAGUAUAAGAUCAGACGUGAUCGUAGAUAUGAGAAAUGAAUACAUGGAAAACAGAAAAGCAAAGUAAAAAAAUAAACUGCGUUUCCACAAACAUCUCGAGAUACCCCACACUUUACAUGCUCGAAAAGAAGUAGGAUGAAUUAAUAAUUUACAAAUCAGAGUUCAUUGAUAUAUAUAAUUGUUUAUUUGUAGUGCUACGAGAGACAUUAUAUAAAGAAUCGACCUGGCGCUCGGUGAACCAGUCAGUCGAAAUCUCUGAUAAAUAUCUGAAACACCGUGACGGCGGGUGUGUCGCCCUGCACUUAAACAGCCCAACAACAGAGAAUUAAUUGUAGAGGAUCCAUCGUGGUCAGGUCUGCGUAACGAAUAGAAUGUCUCUAUUGUUACUGUAACAUCCAAAUAAGUGAACUCUCAACAGUGAAAAGAUCACUUAACAGUCACUCCAGAUUACUCCAUUCUCUCAAAUUGCACAAAGCACAUUGAAAUGGACAUUGCAGCAUUUAGUGCUUGUACAAUAACCGCUCACACAGACAGAAAGCCCCUAGAAACAGCAUAGAAAAAAGGAGCUUGUGUGAAUGGGUGAAUGAAACAAGUUGUGUAAAGCAGUCCAUUUAUAAGAACCAGUCUAUUUACCAGAUAAACCAGUGAAUGUUAUCUCGUGUAAGAUCUGUAAAUGCUUCAGCAGCCUGUUAUUGUUUGUGCCAAAGUUGAUUGACAGGUUGGAAAACUACAGCAUGUGUGGAAAAAAACUGUCAUAGCACUGCUGAAUGGUUAAUUAUAGUCGUGUGUGUGUGUGCGUGCGCGCUGCUGUUACAACAGCCAAAAUGAGGAAGUUGUUACCAUACGUUCACACGCUGUGCUCUCACAGAGUGAUUAGAAACUAUUAACACAGUGUACUCGGGUGAUAGGUGUUAUGGUGUAUCAGCGAGGAUGAGUGCGGGUUAUCGUGUUUUUGUGCGCCUCUAUAUUUAGUCGAGGGCCAAGUCUGACUAGAGUAAAUCUGUCAGUCAUAUCAGCCACUCAACAGGUUUGCCCCGCGCUCUCUCUCUUUGACUUUGUCGCUCUCUCCCUCCUCUCUCUGUCUCUGUCUCUGUCUCUCUGUCUGGCACAUGACCUCUAAUGCUCCAUAUGGUCCGCUGACGUCUGCGCUUCAUAAUUCCUCUUCCUCUCUCUCUCUCUGAGGCUUUAUAUGUAACAGUGACAAGUCAUAGUUAUUUCCACACACAGACCGCACAUCUGUCACUGUCUCCUGACACACUGCAGACGUUUAGCCUCCCGAGCGGACAGGCAGCACAUCUGUUAGGUAGCAUUAAAAAGAGCCAUUAAGGACAUUUAACUAAGGAGUACCGUGGACAUUGCAGAGGAGCAUAAUGGAGACUCUGGUGUAUCCGAUGGGUGGAGGGGCCACGAAGCUGUACAACGCUCUGACUCAGCCCCUCAGCAGCACCAGCUCUCUUCUCCCCUUCCCUUCUUCACACCUGAACCCCCAGCUACCUGCAUUCACAAAGCUGGAUCCAGAUUUCUGCCCGCAGGAGGGGUCCUCUCCAUGUCCCCCUGAUCCAGAGGAGCUGCUUCGUCAGUGCGAGGAGGCCCUCACGGACCGACCACCUCGCUUCGACAGGAAAUUUGUUCACAUCGGUGAUGGAGACGGCGCCCCCAGCAGUGUCAUCAGGGUGAUGCAAUGGAACAUCCUGGCUCAAGCUCUGGGCGAAGGACUCGACAAUUUUGUCAUGUGUCCUUUGGAGGCCCUCAGCUGGUCCCGCAGGAAGUACCUCAUCAUGGAGGAAGUCCUCACCUACCGGCCCCACAUCGUGUGCAUGCAGGAAGUCGACCACUACUACGACACCUUGCAGCCGGUGCUGGCAGGUUUGGGUUACAGCAGCCACUUCUGCCCCAAGCCGUGGUCUCCGUGCCUGGGCGUUGAGGGCAACAACGGCCCCGACGGCUGCGCGCUGUUCUACGACGAGUCGCGCUUCGAGCUCCUCGACAGCGUCAACAUACGACUCUCUGCCAUGAGGAUUCCAACCAAUCAGGUUGCCAUAGUGACCACGCUGCGCUGUCGGAUCACGGGUAAAUGCGUGUGCGUGGCCGUGACCCAUCUGAAGGCUCGUUCUGGCUGGGAGUGGCUCCGCAGCACUCAGGGGUCAGACCUCCUUUGGCAUCUCCAGAAUGUGGUCCAGAAGCAGCCCGGCGACCCCGCCGCCGACAUACCUUUGCUCAUAUGCGGGGAUUUCAACGCAGUCCCAAAUGAGGAGGUGUAUCGGCGCUUCGCCACAUCGCCUUUCGGCUUGGACUCGGCUUACAAGAAACUCAGCCGGGACGGUUUGACGGAGCCGGAGUACACGACGUGGAAGAUUCGGCCCACGGGGGAGUGCUGCAGUACUCUGGACUACAUCUGGUACACCAAGGACACGCUGAGAGUGGAUGCCGUCUUGGACAUGCCCACCGAGGAGGAGAUCGGGCCAAACAGACUUCCGUCCUUUAGUUAUCCGUCCGACCACCUCUCUCUGGUUUGUGACUUCAGCUUCAAGGAGGAGGAGUGGGAAGGAAACAACAAACCGGCACACCGGAAGUGAUGACGCUGUGGAGUUGAGGUUAGCGCUUCCUCCUUCUCACUCUAUUGUGUGACCAGGAGGUCACAUGUGAGUGAUAAAGACAGUGUGCCAAAACAUGGCCAAGACUUUAAUGGGACACAGUGUACCUCUGCAGCACGAGAUAUUCCAGCUGCAGGUGUGCUCUACCUGUCGUCAGACUGCACACACGUACUUUAAGAACUCUGUGCUUCAUGCUGCUGAUGCACUACAGGACAGACAUGGUCUGAGUAUCACACAUAUGAGGUGGAAUCAGGUUUCUCACCUCUUAGCAUCCUGCAGGCCACUCAGGGUAGAGUGUUUCCCACUCUGGAUCUGUCACCAAUGACCUGAUGGAUGUUAAGAGAUUAAAAUGAUGAGUGAAUUUUUCUAUUUGUAUUAAAAAAUAAAAAAGGGCAUGACACAGUCUGGAAAUGCAUCGGACAUCGUCUGCUGUCUUCUUUUCUGGCGACAACACAUAUCUGUGCCAAGACCUUAUGUUCAUGCACCUUUUUUUUUUAUUUUUUGAAAUUUUGAUGAAUGCAGAUAAAUUAAAAACUAAUAAAGAUAAAUGGUUGCUUGACAGUAGCCGAUAGUUUUGUGACUUGAUAUUGGUUCCUUCUUAAGCUCUCCACACCACAGACAGUAGUAAAGAAGGGCGCAGCCACGGUGACGUCACACACUGACCCAGGAGCUGAGCGUCUUUGCUGUCGUCAUUUUGGCGUUUGGUAACCGAAUGUGACGAGCCUGCGUAUAGCCCUCCAUUCUGACUCACAAAAUAGACUUAAUGCUUUGUUCAGUAUUAGUACAUGGCCAUUCUGCAGUAUUGUGUGGUCUAUGAUCUUUAGUCAUAGUCACCUUCGUAUCUGAUGUAGAUGAGAACCUUUAGGGAACUACUGGAAACUGUGUGCCAGUUUUGGUUGCUUAGCUCAUGAUCACAUAAGAUGAACUGAAACUAGUAGCUUGUCAGCUGAGGGUGUGUUUUAAAAAAAAAACAACAAUCAUCUGAUUUCACGGAGCUUUAGUUCCCACAGCUGUUCGCCGAUAACGAUCGAGCAGACAGCUGUUGUGUGUCCAGAGAGGCGCACUGUUGAGGAUUGGUGAACAUCGUACUUUUUGUAUGUAAAACUUACUAUUCAGCCAUUCAUUUUAAUAUUUACCACAACUUUCCAUGUCCGUUACUUUAAAAGCCUUUUGAAAUCAGAGGAUUCUUUUUGAUCCACCCUAUAAUUUCAGAGCAGAAGCGUCGCCCCCUUUUCAUGAUAUAAAAGAAAACACUUUCCAUCUUUUAGAUCAUCAACGGGGGCUUCAGUUUUAACAUUCGGAAGUUAAGUCCAUCUUUUCUGUUGUCUGUGGUGCACAGAAAGCGUCUACCUCCACAUUACCACAUUGUUCUCAAAUGUGAUUGGUCAAUAGUGGCACUUUAUUCUACAGGUGGAUUACAAACAGAAGCCAGGCCUCUCGUCCCCUCCCUGCAAACAUCUUUUUAUAGAUGUUACAGACUAAAUAAUAAGAAGCUGCUCGCACCCUCUCUCAUGCCUCUUUUGAUCUGCUUUGCCUGCAGUGAUGAGUCAGCUGUAGUUUGCAAGGUUAAAAAUUUGGCAUGUCAGGAAUGUUUUUGUCUUUAUUGUUGUCUUCCGAUACCUCCCGUGCAGACUUGGCAGGUAACACCAAAUAACUGAAAAUCCGAUGAAAUCAUUUGUAAAAUAAAUAGAAACUGAGCCCUUUCUUCACAUUAAAGCCAAAUUCCUACUGACCCCACCUGUGUGAUGAUUGCAACUGUGUGAGAAAGUUGUUUUUUUCUUAUAAUUAACUAAAACUAGAUGUGCUUUCAGUUGUUUACUUGUGAUAUGACAAUAAAGAGUUGAUUCCAAAAAUAAAAGGCCUGUUUCCUCUUCUUAUCCAGGUGUACGAGUGUUUGCUUUUUUUAUUUCCAA